GUUGAUAGUGUGAGAGAUUGAUUGAUUAUUGCCAUCAUUGUUUGUUCUAUAAUAUACAACACUAAUUUCCUUUGUACCGAUUUCAAAAUUUCUUCCACUUCAGUAAUGUACUUGAUUAUACUGAAUGUUGGCUUCUGAUCGUAGACGACACGACAUAUAUUUUCGUAAUCUGUUCAGAAGUGUUGAAGGAUGCAAUUUGACCUGUGAUCGAUUUUGUGGGGUCAGCUUUUGUCAGUUCCAAAAUCUCCAGAAGAGGAAACACACUGAAUUUAGGAAACCUUAUUCUAAAAUCACUCAUGUAAAGGCUAUAUAAGAUCAAAGCUAGCCUCAAGACUUCUCGUCUCUGGUUACAAAGUUGAGUUUUGUUUUUAGUUUGUGUAUUGUCAGACAUGGCUGGAAGAGGUGCAGCAAUCGGGAUUGAUUUAGGUACAACAUAUUCAUGUGUUGGUGUAUGGCAACAUGACCGAGUUGAGAUUAUUGCUAAUGACCAAGGGAACAGAACUACACCUUCUUAUGUUGGUUUUACUGAUACUGAACGUUUGAUUGGUGAUGCUGCUAAGAAUCAAGCUUCCGUGAAUCCUAUCAACACCGUUUUUGUCUUUGUUCCUCCAAAUGAAGCUUCUAUUGUGAGGGCUGCAGCUGGAUGGGCACUGUAUUCCAAUUUCAUGUAACGCUUGCAAUUGAUUGCAUAUAUUAUGAUUGCAGCUGGAUGACAACAGGUUGUUGACUAACCUCUAAUGUAUGCGUCUUCUUUCGAUGGGUUGUAUCUUUUUUGCUUAGAAUAUUAACAAAUACACAUUUGUAAAGAAUCUAAAGUAUUCUACUACUACGGUAAAGCUAGCAAACCCUGAAUUUUAUUAUAAGAUGUUGCGCAGUAGGCAACAAGAUGUCCUACUAUAGUUUGAAGUCGUUUAAGAUUAAAUAAUAUAAUUGUUGAUGCAUUUUAAUUAAAUAAUGAAGUUUUGGCUGGUAUAUCAAGUUCAUCUCUGUGUUCCAGUGGGCUUCUUCUUCCAGCAGGUCAAGAGUCGUUUACAUUGGAUGCUUCAUGAAAUGGAUAUUUAAUCACCAUACUUAAGGAGGUUCAUCCAUGCAUU